GAAAUAAAAACAAAACAAGAAAAAAAAACAAAUAAACAUGCUUAAAUUAAAGGACAAAAAGAAGUAAUAUUUAUUGUAGAACAAAAGUAACUCACAAUGACCCUCUUGCCACAAAAAAAAAUGAGCAGAAGAAAAUGAAAACACUGUGUGGAAAAUGCUUGAAAUCAAUAUAGUUUCGGCGAAAACAAGUGACUUAACAACACUAUUGCAUGACAUUGCUAAUUGAAUGAAAUCCGAUAAACUGCAGAAAAAAAAGAUUCGUUUCCCUUUUUCGGUACAAUGUGAUGCGAUACCCGUAAUUACUGCCCGUUGCCGAUAAUCACAGAUAAUCAACACGAAAAACGAAACGAAAAAAAAAACAACUUAAAAUAACAAUUGAUGAUGAGGCGAAUAAACGGAGAAUUAAGCCCAGCAUCAUCUCUAACUGUACAAGACCCAAGAAAUGACUGGUUUUUGUCCACUACAGUUUUGGCCUGAAGAUGCCUGGAGGCAUCAGUGUUGGAAGGAUCGAAAACAACUUAAACUACCCAGUUUUAAUACUAAUUGGCGAUCACACUUCUUGCAAUAUCUCAACUCAACUACUCUAGUACGAAUCUAGCGGUUCUCCUCGCAGUAGUGUGAUUUUGCAUGUGCGAAGUGGCCCCCCGGAAAACCGGUAGAAUCCGGGCAGGAAGGUAAUCUGGUUUAAUUAAAUUCAUUACGAAUGCAUCUCGGGCAACUUUUGAACGGAAACGUUUCAUUUAUAGUUGAUUGAUAGCCUGAUGUGUGUGAUGUGCGUUGUUUUCAGCUCCCAGCACUCACACCCGGGGCCGUUUAACGAUGAGUAGAAUACCUGUUUGGGAGUGGGGGUGUGAGUGGAUAAUUACUUACGGUUAUUUGUAAGUUUUCACACUACUAUUUGUCGAUCGGUUGCGAUAGAGCGCAAUCAAUGGGAUUUGCCAUCGGACAUGAACUCAUUGUUAUGGUGAUCACAUCUGCCUACAAAGUAGAUGAACUCGAUCUGUAGCAUUUUGUUUUCCCUCAUUCCCUGGACAUUUAUCAAAUAUACAUGACGAAAUCCAGUCUGCAACCCGCUAAGAUCACCAUCUCCAUGCGAAUGCGAAUGCGAAUGCGAAUCUGACUUCUGAAUAUUGUAAGAUAGCAAGAUGACGAAACAUAAGAGCAAAGGGAAUGUGCAAAACUGGCCAGGCCUAAUGGCGUAAUGUUUACCGCAGACACAAUUCAUUGCAUUGUUUAGCUUUGUGAAAUUUUGGUUUUUUUAAUGCGACUGUUCCUGGUUCAACAGUUCAUGAUAAUUCAAUGUUCUCAAAAACUAACCCAAUUAAUUCUCCCUUCAGGUAUUCGACAGACUGACGAAAAAGUCCCCCAACUACAAAGACCGGAUCAAGGUGGUCGAGGGUGACCUGGAAAAGGAGAACCUCAGCCUGUCGGCGGAAAGCAUGGAGUACCUGCGGGAGAACGUCAACAUAAUUCUACACAUCGCUGCCACCGUCAAGUUUGACGAAGAGAUCAUCAAAGCCAUCAGAAUAAACCUGCUGGGAACGCGGGAAGCGCUGGAGAUCGGCAAGCACGCCAAGAACAUGGAGAGUUUCAUCUACGUUUCGACGGCCUACUCCAACAGCUACACGGACCACAUCGAAGAGCGCGUCUACCCGGUGGACUUCAACCCGGAGAAGGUUCUGGCCAACCUGCAGGACGAAAAGAUGAAGGAAGAGCUGUUCAAGUACUCGCUCAAGUGGCCAAACACGUACACGUUCACCAAGUCGCUGGCCGAGGUCCUUACACAGAACUACCGUCAAUACUUCCCAGUGGCCGUUUUGCGGCCAUCCUGCGUUAUGCCUGCCAUCGAUGAGCCCAUCCCCGGCUGGUGCGACAGUAUCUACGGCCCGAACGGCACCUUUAUCGGCUGGUACUAUGGCUUGAUUCGGACGACCCAAAUCGACCCACAUGUGCAGAUCGACACGGUGCCGGUGGACUACGUUAGCAACGCGAUCAUCGCCGUCGGCUGGAAGACGUACGCCACCAGGGAACAAGAGAAGGAAGUUCUGGUCUACAACUGCAUCAGCUCCGCGGACAAUCCCCUUACAUUUGAUGAACGACGUCUCGAGUGCGCAAAGGUUGUUGAAAAGCACCCCCUGCUGACGGGGCUGUACACGCCGUUAUCCAUUGUCACCAGCAGUGAAACCAUGUUCCGGAUCUACUCGUUCUUUCUGCACUACCUGCCGGCGUUCGUGCUGGACACGGCCAUGCGGCUACGGGGCGAGAAGCCCCGGCUGGUGAGCACGUACAAUAAGAUCGACAAGGUGGUCGAAACGGUCAGGAAGUUUACCAACACCACGUUCUUCUUCGACAACCAGAACAUGCGCGAUCUGUACGUCCAAAUGAACUCCGCCGAUCACCGGCAGUACCCCUGCGAUAAUCGAAACUACAGCUGGCGGUUAUACUUCGAGCGUGUUGUGCCCGGCCUGAAGAAGUACUUCUUCAAGGAGGAUCUCAACAACGUCAAGCAGGCCAGAAUGGUGCAGCGGAAAAAGGAACUCACGGUCCACAGCAUCCUGGCGGUGAUCUUAGCCCUUAUUCUGUUCCAGCUGUACUACCUCCUGUUCUGAAAUCAAUACCCUCUUGUGAUGUACAACGCCACCCACCCCCCCCCCCCCUGAAUUGAAAUGCGCGCUGCUAGUCAUCGCACACGAAACCGCACAAGCCUUAGGCUGUAAAAAAAACCUUCAUGAAACAACCAACGACGACGACUACCCAAACUGGAAGGCAACAAUGCAAAGCAUAGUAUUUGGAAGAGACCAUGCUGGGAAACCAUGUGGGCACAACA